CCCGUGGCGUUUCAAGGACACGAAGUAAAGGGAUCAGCAGCCAGUGAGAUAAUGUUGAGAGCUCCCUGCUCCCAGCCAGGAUGGCAGCAGUACCCAGAUAAUACGGAGUUUGCAGCUGAGAGGUUUUUGUCACCCUUGUUUUCAAGCAAUUAUGUCCCCUCUGACUUCAGGCAGUCUCCAGGCUCAAGAAAUCUUCCUGAGGAUGAUACCAACUUUAUCAGAGAAGAGAAUUUUCCCAAGAAGUCUGACAUGACUGAAGAGUUGGGAAUAGAUCAGUCCCCACGGGAGAAAUCCAGCUAUCCAGAGGGAUGCAGCCUCUCAAGAUUGAAACUUGCAGUUCAAACACGAACCCCGUUUGUCACUUUUCCUGUUGCUGAGGAGAUUCCCGGCGCGGUUUAUCCAACUGACAGCGAGGAGGUCCAGCCGUCUUUCGGCUCUUCAGCAGCCCGUUUAUGCAACAAGUCGGCGGUAUUUCCUUUAAGUGCUUUUGGCCCUGAGGACAGAAAUGAUGAAACCUCUGUGUUUGGAGAGUAUCCGGAAGAGAGACAAAGGGAAUCCAUACAACUGGUGUUCCCUAAGGUGACUUCUCAGCAUAGACAAAGCAAGUGGCUAAAAUAUCAAAACAGUGUUCAGUGUGACUCGAUAACUCAAAACAGCGAUGAUGAGGAAGCGAGCGAUGACACCUGUGCUGAGAACAUCCUUGGAAUGCCGUUGGGUGCCACAGGAGAGAGCAGUGCUGUGGAUAAAAGCGCUCCGGGCUCUGCACCCCUGCUGACAGCCAAGAGCAUCCUUGGGAAACGCUGUGCGAAUACCAGUGGCCGAGAUGUGAUUUCAGAGAGGAAGUUACUUUCUCUGCACUUCAGUCAGACGCCUUUGGCUGAAGCGACACAAAAGGUGUUAAGUCAUCUGAGCUGCCACACCGUAACAGGAGACAGCCAGGACGUAGUGAUUUCUGAGUUGUCUUUUCCUAACGUGGAUAAAGUAAAAUACGCUCAUCUUCCUAAAAGAAAGAUUUCCAUACCAACUGUGUUCCAGUCUCAUGUUCACUACAAGCAGGUUUUUAGAGCUGCUCUGACAGAGCAAUUAAACAUAAUACUCUUCGAGUUGUCACAAAGAUUACACAGCGCUCUUUCGAAAGUGGAUGUAUCAUUUCAGACAGCGUCGGGAGGUGGGCAAAGUGAGAGCCAGGAGAGCCGCGUUCCGCUCUGCAAUCACAUGCAUCCCGCUAAGCUCCUCAUGGUUAAAAAAGAAGGUCAAAACCAGGGUCGUUUUUUCUACGCUUGUGAUGCCCCGAAAGCUGAACGGUGUUCGUUUUUCAAGUGGAUGGAAGACGCGAGCCCCACACAGAUAAAAUCCGGACCUAGCGCGGUGCUUGAUGAUAUAAAAAGUAUUGGGACAUACCUCAGAAGUCAGAAGAUUUCUGUCUAUGAGGGAUGCCAGCUUUUGGUGAGGAGAGCCUUUGAAAUUCAAACACAGCAGUGUAGUAAGUUCAAGAAAUUUAUGAAUACACAUGCCAGAUUUGACGGCGAUUCCAAAUCCAAAUUAUACCUCAAACUAAGCAGGAAGGAGCAUUACUCUCUCUAUAGCAAAGAUGAUAUCUGGGUUGUUUCAAAGACUCUCAACUUCGAUCCCCUUGAUACUUUCAUCGCAAGUAGUGCUUUCUUUGGACCAUCCUCCAACAACGACGUGGAAUUACUGCCGCUGAAAGGCUACUGUCCCUCAAACUGGCGAUCCAAUAUGGUCGUUCAUGCCUUGCUGGUUUGUAAUGCUAGCGGUGAGCUUGCAUCUUUAAGAAACAUGGAGGAGCACUUCAAUCCAUCUACGUUACCAUUAAUACCAUUUCUACUGAAAAGGAAUUUGGGUUCAGAAAACACUCCAAACAGAGCCGACAGAAGAAAAUUUAUUCCACCUGCCAUCAGCCUGAAGCGCGCCGUGAUGUACGGGCCUGUCAGCACUGAAGUGGCCAUGAGACUAGCGACAAAGAUGAUCCAGACGUUCUCGCUGAACCCAGAUCAAGCUGCCUCCCUGGUGCAGAUAGCUCAGAUGAUGACCUCAUGUGAAAAUUCCCAACCAGCAAAGGAACAUCAGAUCUUCCCUCUCACCAUCAUACGCGGUGUUUUUGGAGCCGGAAAGAGCUAUCUGCUGUCUGUUGUGAUCCUGUUCCUAGUACAGCUCUUUGAAAGCAGUGAAGCUACAGAAGGUCCAAGGGCAGCUCCAUGGAAACUCCUGAUUGCUUCUUACACUAACGUUGCUGUUGACAGGAUACUGCUGGGUUUACUCGAUCUUGGAUUUGAGGAUUUUAUCAGAGUGGGAAGUAUUAGGAAAAUCACCAAAGCAAUUCUUCCCCACAGUUUACAUGCUGGCUGCGGAAAUGAAAAUGAGCAGUUAAAAGAGCUGCUUGCUCUCAUGAAAGAAGAUUUAACUCCAGCUGAAAAAGUAUACGUAAGGAGGAGUAUCGAGCAACAUAAACUGGGGACCAAUAAAACUAUACUGCAACAGGUAAAAGUGGUCGGAGUGACCUGUGCUGCCUGCCCAUUCCCGUGCCUGAAUAAUCUCAGGUUUCCUGUGGUGAUGCUGGAUGAGUGCAGUCAGAUGACGGAACCUGCUUCUCUCCUUCCCAUUGCCAGGUUUCAGUGUGAAAAGCUAGUCCUUGUCGGAGACCCUAAGCAAUUGCCGCCAACUAUUCAAGGGUCUGAGAGCGUUCACGGAAAGGGACUGGAUUUUUUUUUCGACCGGCUUUGCUUAAUGGGACAUAAACCCAUACUUCUUCGGACACAGUACCGAUGUCACCCUGCUAUUAGUGCCAUAGCCAACGAGCUGUUCUACGAAGGAAAUCUGAUAGACGGUGUUUCUGAGAAAGACAGAAGUCCUUUACUGGACUGGCUUCCAACACUAUGUUUUUAUAGCGUUAACGGGGUAGAGCAAACUGAAAGAGACAACAGCUUUUAUAACAUGGCAGAAGUCCAUUUUACAGUCAAGCUCAUCCAGUCUCUUACUGCAAGUGGCGUAGAAGGAUCUGCAAUUGGUGUGAUUACUCUUUAUAAAUCACAGAUGUAUAAGAUUCAGAAGGUGCUUAGUGGCACGCACCCCGAGGCUUCCAACAUCAAAGCUGUCCAGGUGUCCACGGUGGACGCCUUCCAAGGCGCCGAGAAGGAGAUCGUUGUCCUGUCGUGCGUAAGAACGAGGCAGAUGGGGUUCAUAGACUCAGAAAAGAGAAUGAACGUUGCGCUCACCAGAGCCAAGAGGCAUUUGCUGAUUGUUGGAAAUCUGGCCUGUUUAAGUAGGAACAGACUGUGGGGAAGAGUAAUUCAUCACUGCAAAGGACGGGAAAAUGGAUUACAACACGGAAGCCAGUGCGAGCAGCAGCUAGAUGACAUUCUUAAGCGUUAUUUGGAGAAAUGGAAGGAAGAGGAACAGAAUAAGAAAAAGGGAAAAUAAAACGCGCGCC